AGGGUGCUGGCAAAGUUGCACAUUGACUUUUCCCACCUCCAAACCGCAGAUGCACAGUAGCUUUGCCAGAUGAGUAAACGCAGUGAGACAGAGCAGGCUCUACAAGAAUGGCUCCGGCCUGUCUUUGGGGGCUGUACACCAGCUGGUUACUCUCCACUUCUUUCAGUUCACAUGACAUCAGCGCAGCCCCGACGGAAUCGCCUCCCUGUCUCAUUCAGAGUGAACUGCGCAAGUUCUCGGAAGCUCCUAAACGGCUUCCUCCGUCUAACGAGUGCAUGUUAAACUGUACGGUGCUGACCUACAUGAAAAUCCUUCGGCAGCGGAAGAGAAUGACCGUCCGUCUACACAAUUCAGUGUCAGCCAGUGAGAAUGAAUACUGUUGGCCUUCCUACUUGCGUUGCCGGAAUGGAGAGCAGCUGGACAAAGCCUUUGUGUUCUUAGACACCAACAAAGAAAAACAGAAUGCAUCUGUUGGUUAUAUUCUUAAUUCUGUGAUGGCUAUGUCAGCGCAGAGUGUACACACGACCCCACAGGUUACCAACUCAAUAAUGAGUGAACAGUGUGGCAUCACGUUUGAUAUGACUAACCUUUUCAAAGCCACAGUCAGUACAUUCUGUGUGCAGGUCUCCUGCCAGGACAAUACUUCGAUAUCAUGUGAUUCGCUAAACAACACUCUUAAGUGCCCACCAUUCUUGGCGACAGUAUGGUCCAGGACCUAAUAACCUUUCUUGUGAAGGGCACUGGAUACAGAGUUCACAGUGAAUUAACUAUGAAGCAUUUUUUCCAAAUGUUUUUGGAAUGGGGCUUAAUUAAAGACUAUAAU